AAUGAAACGGUUGUAUUUUUAUAUUUCUGGGUGUACUGUCAUGUAAGCAAAAAAUGAACAUUUGGUGUGGGUGUGGGUAUGGAUAUACAUGUUGCUAAUAAGAAUAGCAACACCCACACCCCACACCCUUUUUGUUUUCUUUCUCUAUUUGUUUUUAAUAUACCUAGAUUUAUCACUAUUCGUUUCUUGUAUUCUUUCGUUAUAUCUUUUGUCUUUGUUCUCUCUCUUUUUCUCUAUUCUCUCUUACUAUGAUCUAGUCAUAUAUAUAUAUAUAUAUAUGUAAACAUUUUCAUUUUCGAUGAGAGAAGUUAAUAAAGUGAUUUUGUCCAAGUAACAUGUGCACACAGACACUUAUAUAAUAUUCUUAUAUAUCACAAGGACAAGGUUAACUACACGUUAAAAGUAUCAUAUGUUAAUUUGUUUAAUUUAUAUUUCGAUCAUUAUUGAAGAACAUCGGCCACAAUAUUCAUAUCGAUGAAGUUUAUAAACAACUAUUAAACUUUGUUUAUCGGUUUGUAUUAAAUUGAAAGAUAUGUUUUCAUUUGUUGUCUUGUUUUUUUUAGUCAUUUAAAUUAAAAAUGACUCGUCUAUAAUUAUCUUAAUCAUCAACAAAGAAUAAAUCUUUUUCAUUCAACAAAAAAACCAAUGAUAUGUUCAAUAAAUUCACAAGGUGAUAAACCAGUUUUCCUCAAUGAAAGAUUAUCUAUAAUCAAAUUUCUGUAAAUUUUUUUUCAUAGAUAGUAAUCCAAUAACAACAAAUAUCGAUAUAAUAUAAAUUAAUUUUGUUUUCAUUGAAAAUUUUUAUUAAGAAAAUUGAAUAACAAAUAAAUUACAACAAUUGAUAAUCAUAUUUUAACACAUUAAGUUUAAUGACACAAAAAAACAAAAAGUCUUUCAUUUCAUCUUCGUUCGCUUUCAGAAGAAAUAGAAUAUAAGACAAAAAAACAAGUAGAUGAAGUAUUUUUAAUAAAGUUUUCUUUUUAUCAAUAAAUCUCAUACGAGACAAUACUAGAAUAAGGUCAAUAUUCGACGAUCUCAAACAAUAAAUACUAUCAAAUCUAAAUCAUCAACAACAUAAAAGAUUUGUGGUUAGGUUUCGAUGAUUGAGUAAUGAAAAGGAUUCAUCGAUCCAGAGAUUCCGAUAUAAUUGAAUCAUUUGUCGAUGAAUAUUGAAAAAAAGAAAAAUAUUUGAACACGAACAGGAUAUUAUAAAAUAACUUUCUGUUUUAUUUUCGUUUCAAAAAGUUUUAUCAAAACUUUUGAUUUUGUAAUACAUAUAAAUGAUCCUGAAUUUCUCCUUUUGUAAUGGUAAAGAACUGAGAAUUCUUUUAAAUUUGAUCUUAGCUCCAGAAAUUUUUCUCGAAUCUGAGAUGAAUCCUCCUCAAAUCUAAUUUUUAUCAUAUCUAGAUUGAAAAAACUUCAAUUGGAAGCUCUUUAUUCUAACAUCAACGACAAUCUACAGCAUGAGAAAUACGUUUUUUUACAGGUAAUCCUAUAAUAAUUUUUUUGCGAGACUCAAUCUUAGUUAAUAUAUCUAUUUUCUUUUCAUAACAUAGUUCGUAGUUAAUUGAAAUAUAGACAAAUAAAACAAUAAAAAAAAAAUAACAAAAUAUCUCAAUGAAGAAAUAAUUAAAUGAUUAUUGAAUCAAACUUGUAUUUUAUAUCACUAAAAUUAGAUUUAAUUGAUAAGUUCUUUUAUUAUUAGAAAGCAAAAUGUACAGUUUGUGAAUCAUCACUUCGUAUAAAUUCCAUGAAAUGAUGUUGUUAAUUAAAUCCUAUUAGGUAACAUUUCGUCAAUGAUAUCGACAUCAUUAGACUACUUUAGAAAUAAAUACAUAGAUUCUUCUCUAUUCUAUUCACAAUGAAACGAGAAAAAAAACCGUUAUAUUAGAGAUAUUAAAAAUGAAAUUUUUCUUCAGUUUUUUUUCGUUCGUUUCACUAUUUCAAAAAUAAAGAAAAAUGUAUGUCUUUAUUAUUAGUUUUUUUUCUAAUGAAAUCUACAAUAUUGCCGAAAUAUCAUUAAAUAUAAAUUAAAUUUUAAUAAAAAUGAAUAUAACUUAUGAAAAAAAUGUCUAUUAUUCAUUUAUUAUUUUUACUUUAAAUAAUCUAGCUCAAUUUGAUGAUUGUUUUUGUUCACUUAACAUUGCUACUAGAAGUAUAACAUCUCAUUUACUAUCAUAUAGAUCAUCAAUUAAAUCAUCUGAUGUCAAAUUCUUUCGUUUCUACUGUCUCUAUCUGAACUCUAAGUAUUCGAUUUUCUUAAUUUUCAUUUUAGAUAAUUUAUCAUCUUGUUUGGUCAAUUAUGGCUGAUGAAAAAUUUAACGUUGUACUACAGAACACUGAGAAUAAUGUAGAUUCAAAUGUUUCUUUUUUUAUGAAGAUUUUUAUCUUUCUUUUUAGAUUGUCAAACUUGAGGAACUUGAAAAAAAUUUGAAAGUGAAUAUGAUGAAACAUCAAAAGCUGUUGAAAAACUUGAAGAAGGUCCACAAACUGAAACAACAACUAGUGAAAUCAAUCGUUUAAAACAACGUCAAAUAAAUCAAAAGAUCAAAAUUCGUGUAACUGGAUUAAAAGCUGAAAAAGUAGCAGAUGAUCGUGAUGCAAUACUUGCAAAAGAUUGUCGUGGUCGUUUAUGGAAAGAUCAUAUUCCAAGUGCUGAUGCAAUUAUCUUUCUUAUUGAUUCAACUGAUUCAAUUCGUUUUCCUAAAGCAAAAGAAGCAUUCGAUCUUUUAUUAAAUGAUAAACAAAUUUUAAAUAAACCAUUGGUUAUUAUUGGAACAAAAGGUGAUUUAUCAACAGGUCUUGAUGAAGAGGAUCUUUCAGAUGAACUUGGUGUAAUAUCCAAAACAUCAAACAAAGCUACUUAUGGUCAUUUAAGUAAUUUAAAAUUGUAUUUGUCAAACAUGAAAGAUAUCGCCAGUUUUGGCUGUGCAUUUCGCUUUAUUGCGACAUUUCUUAAAGAGACAUAA